UCAAUAAAAACAGCACUCUUGCUCAUUCUCAUCUCUAUCAAACUAAACUACUGUUUUGUGAACGUUGCGCAGCGCUCCCUUGCACAUGUUUAACUUUGCUCGGCAGUUUUUGUAAUACAAAAUUUGCUAGAUAAAAUAUUGUGUAUUCUGUUGGAUUUAAGCUAUAUAUUUUAUUUUUUCACUAUUCGAGUGUUUUUGCUUUUCAUUUUUCUAUUAGUUUCUAAAGAUUCAUUUUUAUCAGAGUUUAAAUUCCAGUCUGACUGAAUUUUAGGUUAGCAAAUAAUAACAAUGUCUAAAGAUCCUGAAAGAUUUGAUACAAUGCUUCUGGCAAUGGCUCAGCAACAUGAGGGAGGAGUCCCAGAGUUGCUAGAUACCAUAUUCAGUUUCUUGGCUCGCAAAACAGACUUUUACACUGGAGGAGGCGACAAAGCUGCUGAAAAUAUGGUAAUGUCAGCCUUCAAGAGAUACGAAACAGCCGCUGUGUCAGCCCAUGCUAAGAAGAAAGCAGAAAUGGAACAGAAUGAGAGAAAGAGACAGGAGAGAAUCAGAGCCAAGGAGGAGGAGGAGAGGAGAGCAAGCCAAGCAUUCAUGAAUCAGUCAGCCAACAUCACCGAACUCACCGACGAGGAAGCAGAAGCAUUACAAAAGGAACUGGAUGAGAAAAAAUCGAAAACGAAAGAUGCUCCUGAGGCUUCAGGUGAUUCCAGUGAUGAUAAAACUAGUUCCUCACCAACUAAAACCGAGAAAGAUAAAGAUAAGAAAGAUAACGAUAAGAAAGAUUCCGAUGAAGAUGACGAACCGGACAAGCUGAAACCGAACAUUGGCAAUGGCUGUGACUUGCCCAACUACAGAUGGACACAAACGCUUGGCGAUUUAGAAAUCCUGAUACCAUUGAACGUGAACUUCACAGUGCGGUCGCGUGACGUCAUAGUCAACAUUCAGAAGAAACAUUUCAGUGUGGGACUGAAGGGGCAUCCGGCCAUAAUCGACGGCGAGCUUCAACACGAAAUCAAACUGGAAGAAUCGAUGUGGGUGCUGCAGGACGGCAAAUCGGUGCUGGCCAACUUGGAAAAGGUGAACCAGAUGGAAUGGUGGUCGCGCCUAGUGAUGACCGAUCCGGAAAUAUCGACCAAGAAAAUCAACCCCGAGCCUUCCAAGCUGUCAGACCUGGAUGGUGAGACCAGGGGACUCGUUGAGAAGAUGAUGUACGACCAGAGACAGAAGGAGCUGGGCAAGCCGACCUCAGAGGAAGCCAAGAAGCAAGAGAUGCUGAAGAAGUUUAUGGCUCAACAUCCAGAGAUGGACUUCUCAAAGUGCAAAUUCAACUAAUUCCACUUGCAGCAAUCAAAACGCAUACACAUUCUUUACCAUGAAAUGAUUACAAAGACUGUACAUAAGUUGUACGCAGUUAUAAGCAAUUAGUAUUAUUAAGAAACGUUGUGUGAACAUAACAUGUUCUGACAAUAAUAUUUUCUUACAAAAACACGGACCCACACUUUGGUUUCGUGUACUUAUCAAGUACUUCAUUUUUCAAAUAUUAAUAACUAAAAGUAAUUUUAGUUUAAACUUAUUUUUCAAACUGCCUCAGUUCAAGCCAUGCACCGGUGAAAAAAUAUAGAAAAUAACAUUUUUGUGUUUCUCUAGGCAAAGCAACUGAAGCAUUUUGUUUUUGAAGGUGGCUAAUUCAUAUUAUUACUUGAUCCUAUUUAGUGUUUAUUCCUUAUUAUUACUCUCGCAAUAUUUUAUAUCUAUUAAUUAUUUUGAAACUCGCUCUUAUGUAAGACUAACAAUGGCAUUAUUGUUAUCUCCUUUUGUUCAUUUUUGUAAUAAAUAUUGCCAUUUGUAUUCAUGCGAGUGAUCCAUUCGAAAAUCUUGCUACUCUGUCACCUUAAUGUUAAGACAAUCUUUAAAUAUUUUUGGUGAAAAAACGCUAGCAAUAUAAUAAUAUGCCAUAUGGAGGAAUAGUUAUUGCAGCUAUUCUAAGAGAAGCUGCCCCGCCCCUCCUUACCACAAGCUAGUCAGUGCUUUUCCUUUUUUCUUGCACUGUCUAUCCUAAUAUCUUUCACCUUAAUAAUUCUUACACAUCCCACCCUAUUUCCACAAUAUUUUCGAAUAUUGCAUGUUGAAUUAUCUCGGUGAGUUAUGACUGUACAUUUAUACAUUUAGAAUAAUAAAUUUUGGUUUUUCUACACGGA